AUGUUUCCCCCGUUCGAAGAUGAGGGCCGUGACGAGUAUCCGUUUCCCCCAAUGGAUGCGGUCGAGCCGUCAUCCUCCUCUAGCGACACGCUGCCGUCCGCGCCCUCGCGCUCCCGCAGCACUCAAUCGCGCUCGCAACGCUCCACACAGUCGCCUGCGCCUCGACAGUCUCGCCCACACGCGGCGCAUGACCGCGAGCACCUCAGCGGGAGGGCGAAGCUGCUGUCGCGGCUGAUCUCGCGCGAGGAGCGCGAUGCACAACACUUGCGCGGCGUGCUGCUCACCGCGACGGAGCGGCUCGAGGGCGAGACGCGCCGCGCGGACGAGGCGGAGCGGCGGGCGAUUGAGGCACUGACGCGUCUGCGGCAGACGCGCGACGCGAUGCAGCUCGCGCAGGCGGACGCAGCACGCGCGAACGAGGAGGUGCGUUUGUAUAAGCUCCGGUUGGAGGAGGCGCAACGCGAGAUCCUGCGAGCACAAGACAUUGUCAACCAGCUGGAGCGGGAUAAGGUGGACGCAGAAGCGGAGGCGGCAAGGGCAAGGUCAUUGGCGAGGCGGUACAGGGAGGAGAGACUCAUUACAAAGGCGCGUGAGGAGGGGAGGAGAGAGGGGUUUCAAGAGGGCCUGUCGAGAGGAAAGGAUAUGGGAUACUAUGAAGCAAGGAGAGUUGCUCAGCGGGAGGAGCCUAGGGGAUAUCCUCGUCGUCCUGUGAUGGUGGAGGAGUUCCCGGAGGAAGAGGAUGAACAAGAGCGAGGGCAAGAUGAAGAAGUUGAUGACGAUGAAAGUGGCAGUCAGCCCGAGGUGAUUGUGCCCAUUCCUCGUUCUCCGCCCCAAGGCUCCUGGCGCCCUCCCUCUCGCCUCACAGAUAGCAGGGCCACUCAACGAAGUCCGCCUAGAGUCCAAGUGAACAAUACCUCUACCACUGAGUCAACUAUUGCCGCGCCCUCGCCAAGACACCCUUCUUCUCGCCCACCACGAGCAACACCUGAACCCAUCCCCGUACCAGAUCCUGGCCUCAGUCGCUCGCGCGCUGACAUUUCAGCAGGUCCAGUUCCGUCAUACAGCACCGUUACCUCUGCAUCGCACCCUCCAGUAGACAUUCCGCCGGAUAACUGGAUUCCAUACAUGGACCGCGGCAACACUAUCCUGAUGCCGCCCCCACAUGAGCUUUCACGACCUGUUUCCCCAAGUUCGCCAAGUCUAUCCACCAAUCCGACCCUACCCGUCCAACAGCAACGAGCGUCCUCUGGGCAGUCUGGGCAGUCCGUCCGAGCGCGUGACUAUGCCUAUGCUGCUGGAUUUAUCCCGGCCCAGGGUGUCCCAGCGACUCGGUCGCACCUAGACGCCCCGUUUUCCCCCCAAUCACGGACAUCAACUAACAUCUCAAUCUCGCAGUAUGACCUCGUCAGCACGCGCACAGGGCGUGUGGCGGGAGGUCUUCGAAGCGCCGCAGACGCGUUAAACGGCCUCCGCCAAGUGAUUAGCACACCAGGGUCGUCCAGGGCUGGAAAGCAGCGCUCAGGAACACCGCAGCAGGAGCCGCCCCCCGCGCAGAAGCAGGGACAGAGAAUGGAGCGGGAGGACCGUCGAGUCAUGUCGCCUCGCGGACCUCGUCCGAGAGAAGACUUGCCUGUAGACAGCUCUUCUGAGUCUGCUCCGUCUCGCCCAACGACCGCCCGAAGGCAGAGCUCAGGGACCGGCAGUUCGUUCGAGCGGCUGUUCAAGAAGCGCUACCAGAAACGAAAGUCGGGUAGCAGUGGAGGCGUCCCGGACAUCACAGUGGAGUCCCCGUCGAAUACAACCGGGUCUCGUGGGUCGACUGCUGUGACUCAGCCCCACCUUCUGAGCCCAGAAUUCUCGCACCAGCCCUUGCCCGGCGCAGGGCCGGAAGACAUGGGUGCAGAGGGAGAUCAGCGUACCUUGCCUCCGCUGCCCGAGUUUGACUUCAGGACGCCCGACGUGGUCCCACUUCCGGAUGGACAGCUGCCUGCUGGCUUUGUGCAACUUACCCCUGUGAUGCAGGUUGCCCCUGCGGGACGGGAUCCUGUGGAGGUGUACGACCAUGGUGCAAUGAGGGCGACGCCAAAGCCCGCUGCAAACCCGAAAUUCAGCCCCACGUAUGAGAUGGCCCCGAUUCCUCCAGGUGUCGUCUACCCGGACCCUCCGAGACGAAGCAUGACACCACAUGAGGCUGUUGGUGUACCGCUCCCACCUUCUCCGCCUCGGACAACCAGCCCUCGCGGAAGGGGUGGAAGUCUGAGUGGCCACUUGUCGCCACUAUCGUUGAACCUGUUCUCUCCUCUCAGGCUAUAA